UCUUCUAAUCCCUCUUUGACCACUAUUUCUUUCUCUGUCUUCCUCAAAAACUCAUCCCCAGAGAUAUGGCAGAACUAAGUUUUUAUGUCGGAGUCAUAGGAAAUGUAAUAUCGGUGCUUGUAUUCCUCUCUCCUGUGGAGGCGUUUUGGAAGAUAGUGAAACGGAGAUCGACGGAGGAGUAUGAGUGUUUGCCGUACAUUUGCACGUUGUUGGGUUCGUCGUUAUGGACAUAUUAUGGAAUAGUGACGCCUGGAGAAUACUUGGUUUCGACGGUCAAUGGAUUUGGAGUUCUUGCUGAAUCCAUCUAUAUUCUCAUUUUCCUCUUCUUUGUCCCAAAACCUAGAUUCUUAAAAACAAUUACCUUGGUUCUAGCUCUGAACAUUCUUUUCCCAGUUAUAGCAAUUGUGGGAACAAGAACUGCGUUUGGAGACGCAAAAACGCGUUCUAACUCAAUGGGUUUCAUUUGUGCUACUCUCAACAUUAUCAUGUAUGGUUCUCCUCUUUCCGCUAUUAAAACAGUUGUGACAACGAAGAGCGUGAAGUACAUGCCGUUUUGGCUAUCGUUUUUCCUCUUCCUAAACGGCGCGAUUUGGGGUGUCUACGCUUUACUCGUACACGAUGUUUUUCUACUAGUGCCAAAUGGAAUGGGCUUCUUCCUUGGGACAAUGCAACUCCUAAUUUAUGCGUUUUACAGAAAUGCCAAAUCAAACGUAAAAGAUGAAGAGGAAGCCCUCGCUCCAAGCCAACCUCUCCUUUCUUAAACAUAAUUUGUAUGAAUGAAUAAAAAAUCUAUGUAUUUUUUUUCUUUUGGCGAGUGUUCAUUGAUAGUAUCUAAUUUGUUUUUACAUAUCCGA